AUGCCUGUUGCGACAACUCUAAACUCCUCCCUUCGUGCGUCCGCCUCAUCCAAGAUGGACAAAGAGAAGGUUGAAGAUAGGAAGCGGCCCGCUGGGGCCAACGAUGAUGGCGCGCCACCACGCAAAAGUUGGCCGUUAAUGGCGGCGUCACCAAGGACGACCAUGACGGUCAAUCCGAAGAAGUCUGGAUCGAGCGAUAUCUCCAGAUCCCCGUACCUCACUGGAGUCACCUUUGAGGACAGCACCGAUUUCCAAAAACACCUCGACGAGAAGGCCAAGGGCCUUAAAUCCAAGGCGGAGGCAUUGUUAAACCAUCUAGCAGCAUCACGAGGUAGCACCGUGCCGAAUCUUUCCGUUCUCGAAGAGCGCAUCGGAAAACUCUUGGCGAGUCAAAAAGACUACUUUGUCAAAGCGGAAAAGAAGCUUGAUAGGGUGAAAAGUGCCCAGGUGCAAGAGCUGGAGAAGAAGGCCUUGGCGAACGAUACAAAGCAGUCUUCCCCUACCUCGGAGGCUAAGCCUGCCUCGGAAUCCAACGGCGUGAGCCCCGAGGUCUUGCAAAAGUAUGAAGAGGAGCUUGCCGUUGUCGCGCGGCAAAAGGAACAGAUCCAGUCCGUCCUUGAUGAGAUCAAGGCACUUCAAGAGGAGAACUCCACCCUCAAGGCCCGUCGCGAGACGCUGACCGAUGAGGACUAUAUCAGGACUGACGUGUUCAAGCUAUUCAAGACCAAGACCGAGGAAUUAAUCAAGCAGGUCAACCACCUCGAGGCGACGAACACACAACUUAAGGAAGAUAUCGAGAAGUUGAGCGCCGAGCGGACAAACUUUAAGCGGCAGGUAGAGGUUGACUCGCAAGCCCUCACCCAGGAACUCGACACAGACCUCCUCGCUCGGGAUCACGACAUCGCGCGCCUCCGGUCGGCAAGGGAUGAACUACUUGCUGAUAACACCAUGCGCCGUGCUAGCCAGGAACAACACCAGACGGCGCUCGAACAUAUAAAGGAACUCGUCAGCUCCAAGGACGAUAGAAUUGCUGCCCUGGAAUCUGAAAUCAAUAGGCUUCGUCCUACAUCCGAUGAGGAAAUGGCGGAUCCCGACGCGGAACUAGACGGUCUCGAACGGGAUGCCUUGGUCACCAAGCAUCGAAAGCUUCAACAAGAUUACCAAGCUGUGUCAAACGAACUCCCGGCAAUGGAAAAGGCGUACCGCAAGGCGAUGGCCCUCAGUCACAAGAAAGUAAUGGACUUUGAAGCGCUCGAGAAUCGGGUGGGCAUUCUCACAGCAGAGAAGAGUAAGGCCGACCAAAAGUAUUUCGCUGCGAGGAAGGAUGCCGACACUAAGAUGAGCGAGAUCCGGACGCUGCGUGUUCAGUGUGGUAAGAGCACCGAGAUCAUCGCGCAGCUGAAGGACGUGGAAGCCCAAAACCGAAUUCUUCUUGGAAACCUCGAAAAGCAGGUGUCGGACCUGAGGCAAGCUAACAUGACCCUUGCGUCGGAGAACAAGAGGUUAGAGGCCACCUCGACUGAGGCUUCUCGGAAGGUCGAGGCCUAUAAGAAAGAGGUUAGCGAUCUUAGCGGGCUCGUCAAGUCUAAGGAUGCGACAGUGGCAGCUAUGCGAGAGCGGAAUAUCACCUUGGAAGCGGAAACGGAUCGUCUCAAGAUUCGGGUGGAAACCCUCCAGAAAGACAAGGACGGCUGGAAGGUCAAGGCCGAGAGCAACUCGUCUGAUGUUGAGAAGGGACUUCGCACCCUCAUGAUUUGUUCGAUAUGCAACGAGAACUUCAAGAACACAGCCCUGAAGACCUGCGGGCACCUCUUUUGCAACAAGUGCGUCGAGAACCGAAUCAGCAACCGAAUGCGAAAGUGUCCCAAUUGCUCUCGUGCCUUUGACAAGAUGGACGUCAUGGCCGUGCACCAUUAG